CAGCUUUUUCUUAAUUGCGCACCCCGACCUCUCUGCGCUUCCACCUCUCUCGCUUCCCACGCUUCCCAACAUCAAACCAUGCCAAAGGAGAACAGGAAGCGCGGCCGUCGCGAAGAGGCCAAGAAGCGCAAACGGGACCACGACGACCACGAUGCCGCUCCCAAGCGCCACAAGCAAACUUCCCCUCACCAUGAUCCUACCGCCGCUGCACCAGGUGACGAUGAACAACAUGUCUUCCAGGACGACGCUAUCGGGGGCGCCACUCAUCCCGGCGAAACCCCGUUUUACGGCAUGCUUGAUGAGGAGGAGCAGGAAUAUUUCAAAAAGGCCGACGAGUUGCUCGAACUGAACGAUUUCGACGGUCCGGAAGGCCGCGCCCUAUUCCUCCAAAACGUCUACAAGGAAGCCAACGGAAAGGAACUCAAAAUAGCACACAGCCAGUCGUGCUCCCGUCUCAUGGAACGUCUGAUCCUUCUCUCAAGCCCCCAGCAGCUGAAAGAUUUGUUCCAGAAAUUCACCGGAGAAUUCAUCCACCUUGUCCACCACCGAUUUGCUUCCCACUGUUGCGAAACCCUCUUCAUACGCGCUGCCCACGUCGUCACCGAAGAGCACACCAAGCCAGACCUCUUACAGACACCCCCCUCGUCCGAUCCCAAUGAAAUAUUCGUCACCAUGGAGGAUCUCUUCUUGCAUACCUUGGACGAGCUGGUGCCAUACCUGAGCUUUUAUAUGACGAACCCUUUCGCUUCCCACGUCUUGCGUCUGCUUUUGGUCGUGCUUUCUGGGGCCCCGUUGGAGAAGGAAAACCUCAAAUCCGCCCUUCACAGCAAGCGAAAGGAGAAGAUCAACGUCCCGGGCGCUGACAACACGCGUGAUUACACGUUGCCUAAGAGACAAGUCCCACAGUCAUUCCUGGACGCCUUGGAAAAAAUCAUCAAUGAUGGCGUUGCCAGCCAAGACUCCAGCUAUCUCCAUUUACUCGCCACUCACCCCACAGGGAAUCCCACUCUGCAGACACUGCUGAAACUUGAACUUACUCAGUUUGGCAAAUCGCGGGCAAGGGAUGAAAAAUCCCUGAUUCGUAGGCUGCUUCCGGAUGAUCCGAUCAAAGAAGGUACCGAGAGCGCAUCAUUCAUCAAUGGCCUCGUCUAUGACACCAUUGGCUCCCGACUGCUAGAAACUAUCAUCGAAAACGCGCCGGGAAAAUUGUUCAAGGCCAUAUAUUCCGAAUUUUUCAAGCAGCGGAUGGGCAGUCUGUCGCGCAACGAGAUUGCCAGCUAUGUUGCUGGUAAAGUCUUGGAGCGUUUGGGCAAAGAUGAUUUGGAAGAAGCCAUGCGUCAAAUUGCCGAGCAAAUACCGGGAUUGGUCGAGCGGAAUCGCACGUCCAUUAUCAAGACGCUUAUCGAGCGCUGCGUUGUUAGGGGGGUGAAUACCACGCCCAUCAAGAAUCAACUGGAAACGGCAUACAAAGGUGCCAACGGAUUCGAACUCAGCCGUAUGCUGAAGCUCGGAGAGGGACCUGCGGAUGAUGGCAAGACGAACCACAAGCACGAGCAGUCUUCUCCGGACAAGAUCCAUGGAUCGCUCCUCGCUCAAGCCAUGUUGGCCGUGCCGGGCUCAUUGAGCAAGCUCAUUUUCGAUUCGUUCUUGAAUCUGGGCGAGCAACUCACCGUCAGGGUGGCGCGAAGUCCAACAGCAUCGCGAACGUUGCAAGCGGCCUUGACAUCGCCCAAUGCUUCUCUGAUUUUCCGUCGCAAGGUCAUUCAGCAGCUGUACGGGCACAUUGGAGAGUUGGCUCUGGAUCCGGCUGGGUCCCAUGCCAUUGAUGCUGUCUGGAAAGGCACUCAAGGGCUUGCCUUUAUCCGCGAACGCGUUGCCGAAGAGCUGGCGGAAAACGAGGGCGCCUUGCGUGAGUCACAUGUUGGUCGUGCGGUCUGGCGCAACUGGCAAAUGGAUCUCUACAAACGUCGCCGAUCCGACUGGGUCCAGCAGGCACGGUAUACAGCUGGCAACGACGGAUUCCAAUCGUUCCCCGAACAAAACGACACCGCUUCUCCGUUUGUGCAGAGUCAGCGCGCCAACAGACACAUGUCGGCUAUUGAACUCGCGCGGAGAAAACAUGCCGAAGCAAAGGCAGCUAUGGCGAAAAAGGAAGCUCUGGAGAACAAGAAGGAAGCUUCGCAUUCUAGAAACGAGGGCGGUGACAGUGUUGCAGCGCACUGA